GAAUGUUUUACUCUAUUGGUCUCUGUCACUUCUUCAACCUUUCGUUCAGAACAGAGAAGCAAAACUAAAGAGAGAUUAAGCAGAAAGAGAUGCAUUAUUGGGUUCGAGCUUCUUCCUCUGAUUUCAAUGGAACUGUUCCUCAACCUCGAAGUGGCCACAGUGCUGUCAACAUCGGCAAAUCGAAGAUCGUAGUGUUCGGAGGUCUGGUCGACAAGAAAUUUCUCAGCGACAUCACUGUAUACGAUAUCGAUAACAAAUUAUGGUUUCAACCAGAGUGCACUGGCAAUGGGUCUGAUGGGCAGGUGGGUCCUAGCCCACGAGCAUUUCACAUAGCUAUUUCAAUUGACUGCCACAUGUUCAUUUUUGGAGGCCGUUCUGGUAGUAAGAGGUUGGGUGACUUUUGGGUCCUAGAUACUGAUAUAUGGCAAUGGUCAGAGCUUACCAGUUUUGGUGACUUGCCUUCACCACGGGAUUUUGCUGCUGCUUCAGCUAUCGGAAAUCAGAAAAUUAUUAUGUAUGGUGGCUGGGAUGGUAAAAAAUGGUUGUCAGAUGUCUAUAUCUUGGACACAAUAUCACUUGAGUGGAUUGAGCUAUCUGUUUCUGGAUCGUUGCCACCUCCAAGAUGUGGUCAUUCAGCUACUAUGGUUGAGAAAAGGUUGCUUGUCUAUGGCGGUAGAGGAGGUGGAGGACCAAUUAUGGGUGAUUUGUGGGCUUUGAAGGGUCUUGUUGAUGAAGAGAAUGAAACUCCUGGAUGGACCCAACUGAAGCUUCCGGGUCAAGCUCCUUCACCUCGUUGUGGCCAUACCAUUACAUCUGGAGGGCACUAUUUGUUGUUGUUUGGAGGGCAUGGGACUGGUGGUUGGUUGAGUCGUUAUGACAUUUAUCACAAUGAUUGUGUCGUUUUAGACAGGGUGUACGUUCAAUGGAAGCGCCUACCUACCAGCAAUGAACCCCCUCCUGCUCGUGCAUAUCAUUCUAUGACUUGUAUUGGUUCACGUUAUCUAAUGUUUGGAGGCUUUGAUGGCAAAUCAACAUUUGGUGAUCUAUGGUGGUUGGUUCCAGAAGAGGAUCCUAUCGCAAAGCGCUUGCCGGCAUCUCCACCAGAAAGUGCUUCUGUAAAUAAGGAUGUUACAGUGGCAAAUAAUGGCCUCCAAUCUGCAGUCAAGGAAAACCAAACAGAAGAAUCUGCAUUUGCAGAACUACAAAAAAGAUUAAAGAUUUCUGUUUCACUUUCUAGUCCUGACCUUCAAAUCAUAGACGAGUCUGAAGACCAAGAAUUUCUGGAACUAGCAUCACAGCUGGUUAGAGGAGGAGUUUCCAGCAUUGGACAUAUUUCAGAUAGUCAGGCAGCUCAGGUUCUUCGUGAGCAUUGGAGGAAAUCUGAACCACGGUCAAUACCACUCAAGGAACUUGCCCCUUUACUUCGUGACUACCACCGCCUGAUCACCCGUCAUUAUAUAGAGAAGGUUGGAUCUAAUUUACAAUCCAUAGAAUCCGGAUUUCCUGAAAAAGAUGCCCAUCAUUUCUAUCAUGUGAAAAAGGCUUCGCAGUUGCGUAUGGAUGAUAUUCCAAGGCUGCUGGCGGAGUACAAACAGGUUGUGUCGGAAGGAAUGGUCCAGUGAUCGUUUAAGGAGAGCAAACAGCAGCUUGUCAAAAAGUGAUGUGAAGUUUCCUUUGCAGCUCAAAUUGUCAGUUGUGCUUAACUCACAUCAGUAAACCACGGCACAUUGUAACCAUGUCCAUAAUGAAAAUAGCAAAAAGCAAAGCUCAUAUGAGUUCUGGUCAGGUCUGUCGUUAUGGUCUUGCGGUCUUGCAUUCAUUUGUAUGUAUUUAUAUACUCAUGGAAUUCUCUGUAGUACGUUGGUAUGCUUGGUGGAAGUUGAGAAGUUCAUUUAAGGAUAUGAAACUAUCCAAAUGGCAGAGGUGGAGGGUUUGGUGGACUAAUUGGCUUAACCCUAAUGUUCAACCUGGUGCAAGGAGAAAAAUAUAUAUAUAUAUUUUAUUAUGUU